AUGGCCAUCGACUCUGAUAUCAAUCUAAGCUCUCCCAAUGAUUCCAUCCGUCAAAGGAUGUUCGAGCUUAUCCAGCGGAAGCAACUCGAAAUUGUCGCUGCAUUGGAGGCAAUUGAAGGAAACGAUACCAAAUUUCGUUCUGAUUCUUGGGAAAGAGGAGCCGAAGGUGGAGGAGGAAGAUCUAUGCUUAUUCAAGAUGGAAGAGUGUUUGAAAAGGCUGGUGUAAAUAUUUCCAAGGUUCAUGGCGUAUUGCCUCCUCAAGCUGUGAGCCAGAUGAGAAAUGACCACUCCAAGCUAGAUCUGCCUGCGGGAACCUCUCUGAAGUUCUUUGCCUGUGGGCUUUCGUUGGUCAUUCAUCCCCAUAAUCCCCAUGCUCCAACUACCCAUCUGAAUUAUCGCUACUUCGAAACUUGGGAUGAAACUGGAAAGCCUCACACCUGGUGGUUUGGGGGCGGUGCUGAUUUAACGCCUUCGUACCUGUAUCCCGAGGAUGCCAAGCAAUUCCAUCAAGCCCAUAAGGAUGCCCUGGACAAACACGAUGUUAGCUUGUACCCGAGAUUCAAAAAGUGGUGUGAUGAAUACUUUCUGAUCAAACAUCGAAAUGAAACUAGAGGUAUUGGGGGUAUUUUCUUUGAUGAUUUUGACGAGUUUGAUGCUGAGAGGUCCCUGAAGUUGGUUGAAGAUUGUUUCAAUGCUUUCUUGGAAUCUUAUCCCGCUAUCACUCGAAAAAGGAUGGACACCCCUUCAACUGAUGCUGAGAAGAACUGGCAACAAAUUAGAAGAGGAAGAUAUGUCGAAUUCAACUUAGUAUUGGAUAGAGGUACUCAAUUUGGUUUGAGAACGCCUGGAUCUCGUGUUGAAAGUAUUUUGAUGUCGUUGCCAAGAACAGCUGGUUGGGUCUAUGAUCAUCAUCCAGAGCCUGGCUCCAGAGAAGAGGAGUUAUUGCAGGUACUACAAAAUCCUAUUGAAUGGGUAUGA